CUGAGGAUAGUCAUCAUUGUGGGACUUACUGGUGACGUCAUGUAGACGCGACAACAACGCGACGGCGCAGUUUUAGCUAGCAUGUUGUGCUAAUUUUGCGGAAUAUACUGAGCUCUUUGACUUUUUGUUAACAUGUCUCUGUAUGAUGAUUUGGGGGUCGCCACCAGCGAUGCAAAAACUGAAGGCUGGUCGAAGAACUUCAAAUUGCUGCAAUCGCAGCUUAAAGUGAAGAAAGCUGCCCUGACACAGGCAAAGACGCAGAGGAUGAGACAGACAAAUGUUCUGGCUCCAGUCAUCGAUCUGAAGAGGGGAAGCAGUGUAGAUGACAGACAGAUCUCAGACACGCCUCCACACACAGCAGCAGGGUUGAAGGACUCUGCACCCGCUGGCUUUUCUUCAGGCGAUGUCCUGAUCCCGCUCGCCGACGAAUAUGAUCCCAUGUUCCCCAACGAUUAUGAGAAGGUGGUGAAAAGACAGCGAGAGGAGCGCCAGAGGCAGAGAGAGCAGGAGCGGCAGAAGGAGAUCGAGGAGAGGGAGAAGAAGCGCAAAGAGCGUCAUGAAGGAGGAGGAGGAGGAGGAGCACCCAGCGGGUUCUCUCGCUUCCCUGCCGAGGCGGACUCUGACGAAGAAGAAGACUAUGAGAAAGAGAAGCGGAAGAGAGUUACGGGUGGAGCUGCGAUUGCACCUCCAUCAUCUCUAAUGGAGAAGGACUCGUCAUACUCGUAUGAUGAUGAAGGCCGCCAGCGGUCCAAAGCAGCAAUUCCGCCCCCUGUUUUUGAGGAUUCUGAGAGACCGCGCUCACCUCCAGGACCCACCAGCUCCUUCCUGGCCAACAUGGGAGGGACGGUGGCUCACAAGAUUAUGCAGAAAUAUGGCUUUCGGGAAGGCCAGGGCCUGGGCAAGCAUGAACAGGGGCUUAGUACAGCUCUGUCAGUGGAGAAAACGAGCAAACGGGGUGGGAAGAUCAUCGUUGGAGACCUGACAGAAAAGACUGGAGGAGCCAGUCAGAAUGCACCUGAAACGCCUGCCUAUAUUUCAGGAGCAGCAGAUUUGAAGAAGAAUGAGGUCAACCCUCUGACUGAGAUCCUCAAGUGCCCUACGAAGGUGGUGUUAUUGCGGAACAUGGUGGGAAGAGGAGAGGUGGAUGAAGAUCUGGAAGCUGAAACAAAAGAGGAGUGUGAGAAAUAUGGCAAAGUCAUCAAGUGUGUAAUCUUUGAGAUCUCGGAUGUGCCAGAUGAUGAAGCGGUGAGAAUAUUCCUGGAAUUUGAACGGGUUGAGUCGGCCAUUAAAGCCGUGGUGGAUCUGAACGGAAGGUAUUUUGGAGGCCGAGUGGUGAAAGCCUGCUUCUAUAACCUGGACAAAUUCCGUGUGUUAGACCUUGGAGAACUGGUGUGAGUCACACACACAGCAUAACAUCCCUCGCUUUGUCAAUGUGGAAAUUCCAGGAAAAUAAAACGUGACCCUUUUUUUUUGUACAUAGCAUGGACGUUUUUUUUUAUUUUUCAUUCUAAUAUUGUUUAUGAUGCACAUUGGAAUAUUUAACCUGCAACCUGAAAUAGAUUUCUUUUUGUUAAUGGAUUCCCUAUGUUCUCACUUCAGUGUGUAUUCCAGCGAACAGCUCAUUCUUGACUCUGAAUAAGAAGCAUACUGUGUUGUAGAAACCAGGAAAUAAACAGUGUAUUUUGGAAACCUA